GGCCGUGACAGUUUCUGUUGCACAAAAAUGUCAAAAUAGCACUGGUCUGGAUUUUAAAUAUUGCAAUUUCCAAUUGUGAUUUCCAAUUUGCAAAAUCUGUAGGAAAAUUCUUACAUAGCUACUUGACAUUUAGCGUUUCUUGUCUUUUAACUUUAAAAAGUGAUAAUACCAAUAGAAACGGAGACCUUAAGUUCUUUCAGAUGAAAUUAAUAAAUUGAAUUGUUUGUUACAUUGUUUACAUUUACAGCUAAUAUUUGUCGCUGAAUAAUUAUGAAUAUACCGUUCCCAAUAUUAGCUCCACGUCUCAUUGAUUCCCAAUGGUUCAAUUCGGAUAGUCCCAUUGACGAAGAAGCCGAAUUAACAGCUUUAGAACGUGAAAACAAACAAUGGUUAAAAUCUGUUGGUAAACAAUACAAAUGCACACCACUUGGUAAAUCAGAUCCCGAACCAAUGGAAGAGGAAGCAGACACAGAUGAAGAAGAAGAUAAUGAUGAGUCAGAUGAAUCUGAAGAAUCACAUGAUGAAGACGAGGAAGAAGAUGUCAGAUCAUAUUCAUCAGUGAGAAACAACAAUGAACUAGAACCGGACAGUUCUGAUGAACUAAAUGAUGCACCAGAUCUAAACGCGUCAGACCAAAAUGCUCUUUGGCCUAUACAGUAAUAUAAUUGUACUCUUUAAUGUGAUAAUUAUUUUUCAAUAAUAUGAGAAAAUUGA